AUGGCCUUACAAGAGGACGAGAACACCUGGGUGUUGGAACUGGAGGCGGCGUUGCUCGACACGGAAGCACCGUCUGCGUCUGAUAUAUAUGCCAUUUGUAAAGGCCAACCCAUCCCUACAAGUUUAAGACCGGACGUCUGGCUGGCUUGCCUCUACGUUACUGAUCGAGGUGAUCAAUUGAGCCAGUUUAGCGAAGUUUACGAUUUACCUGAGCAAAAUAUAAUUCGCGACGACUGUCAACAGUUUGUCGCAAAACUUGGAAACGAUGACGAAGAUAAAGUCUCGGUGGUUUCCGAUCUUGAGUCCAUACUAACAUUUUAUUGUAAAAGUAAGUGUAAACGAUACGAAAGAGGAAAUGGAUGGCUAGAACUAUUAGGUCCUUUAAUAGCUUUAAAAUUACCGCGCGCUGCAACUUAUAAUCUGUUUGAGGCAAUAAGAGAUAUUUAUAUUCCAAGAGGCGAAACAUAUAGCUCGGUCUUGAGACUGCUGCUUCUCUAUCAUGAGCCGGAACUGUGCUCCUUCCUGGACACAAAAAGGAUAUCACCCGAUCAAUAUACGAAAGUAUGGAUGAAUACCCUCUUCGCCGGUGUCUGUUCAUUACCAGCGGUCUGUACAAUGUGGGACCUAUACUUCAUGCAGGCCGAUCCCUUUUUCAUGCUGUUCCUCUCACUUAUCAUGGUUAUAAAUGCCAGAGAGCAAAUUUUGAGCAUGAAAGACGAGGACAAACAAAGUAUAAUAGACGCGAUAGCAGUAAUGCCCUGUGCUUUGGAAGCGGAAGAUGUAACCGAUUUCUGUUCCUUGGCACAGUAUUAUGCAAUGAAGACCCCAACGUCUUUCAAACAGGACUUGUAUCCCGUAAUGUUUGGUGAAAGCUCUGAUGAGAAGCUAAUAUCCCACGCAUUGUGUUUACCUGUAUCGGCGCAAGAAUUAGUAGAGAAUGCUAUCGAAGCUCCAUCCGUACCCAAUGGCACCGUUGAGUCUGUUAGAUUCUUUCUCGUGGAUUGUAGACCUGCCGAACAGUAUAACGCAGGCCACUUACCAACGGCGUUUCAUCUCGAUUGCAACUUGAUGCUGCAAGAACCUGCCGCGUUUGCUACAGCCGUACAAGGCUUACUACAAGCUCAGCGUCAAGCAUUAGCUGUUGGUUCGCAAGCUGGCGGAGAACAUCUUUGCUUUCUGGGAAGUGGUAGACAAGAGGAAGAUCGCUACACGCAUAUGGUAGUGGCGUCCUUUUUACAAAAACAUACACAAUACGUGAGCAUGGUUACCUCUGGAUAUCAGGCCAUUCAUGAAUAUUUCGGUGACGAAGUGGUGUCAAGUCUCAUUGAUCACACGUCGCAACAUUGUCUAGUGUGUAAUGCUAAUAUGUUAGAGGAAAAUUCAAACGAAGCAAGCCCAAUUAAAGUCAAAAACAACAAUUCGGAUCUCUUGGGCAAGAUUGGAUUAGCUAUGAAACUAAAGAGUCAGGAAGUAAAGGGAAAGUUAUUUGAUUAUAUUGUCAAUCCUACGGCAAAUGUCGAUAGCAAUAUGGAAAAAAGAGAUAGCAAAGACUUGGACUAUAUUAGACGUCAGAGAAAGACCGCGCCUGUGUUUAGCAUAGACGACGAUCAAGAGAUAGAUAUGACAAUGACUAAUAAUGAAAGUGAAGAGCCUAUCGAAGUAGUAUCUAUACAACAAUGGAUGAAGGAUCCGAGGUUAUUACAUUCCUUUAAAUGCCAAGAGGUGAAAGUUAAUGGCGAUCUCUGUGAUAGUCAACUAUUGGUUACCGAUAGUCAUCUUAUAGUACUGCGAGAAAUCCCGGAGCGAAAAGGCGCCGCACACGUAAUCGUGAAACGUCCCUUAACGAGUAUCGUCAAAAUAACGUCGAGAAAGCGGCACGCCGAUCUAAUAACUUUCAAAUACGGUACGACACAAUAUAAUGACACGGUUAUUUCCGAUAUGGAUAAAUUUCUUAUACCAAACGCGAGCGAAGCGACCAAGUUAAUCACGCAACAGAUCAUGAGACAACUGAAAACGUCAGAUUAAUAUUAUGAACACGUAUUUUAUUUAUAAAGCAAUUUCAGCUAAUGUACAGAUGUUAUAAAGUUUAAUUUAUGAUAAGUUUUUUUCCUAAAAAAUGUAUCUUCGGUAUAAACCAGUUAUUUGAUUUUUUUUACGAUUAUUUAUUGAGGUAAUUAUUCGUUCAUUUUUUAUUGUAUUAAAUAUAGUCAUUUGAAUCAAUAUAGAGAUAUACACUGGAUAUGGACAACAGAAUAAUUAACAAAAACGAUAAACUUUAGACAUUGAGUAAAAAUAUUUCCGAUAUUGUUAAUUUUUGUGGGAACUAC